AUGAAGCGGCACAGCACGGCGGAGCUGCCGGUGCCGGUGAGCUACGGCGGCGAGAGGGCGGCUGCGAGCGGGAAGGUGGAUAGGAUGGGUUGGGCGGCGAGGCAGGGGCGCGGGGCCCGCUGGUGCUCCCGCCUCUGGUUCGCGCUUGUCCUCCUCGCCACCGUGACGGUGCUAGUGCGCCACUGCUACGACUCCGGCCUCGGCCAAGGCGCCGCCGGCGUGGUGCGCAUAGGGCCGGUGCACCGUGGGACGUACCGCACGCGGAAGGUGAAGGCCGAUCGCCUCGGCGGCGGCGGCGGCGGCACCGCGAAGCCGGAGCCUCUGCACGACGAAGCCGUGAAGGCGUCGGUGCCGGUCGCCGUCGAACACAAGUCGGCGCCAAAGGAUUCUUCUGCCGGCGGUGGGGGCAAGCCAUCGUCGACGUCCCCGCUGCCGGCGGCGGCGUACCCCUUCGCGCGUGCGCUCGCGGCGGCGGACGACAAGGGCGACCGGUGCGGCGGGCGGUACGUGUACGUGCAGGAGCUGCCCCCGCGGUUCAACACGGACAUGGUCAAGAACUGCGCGGCUCUUUUCCCCUGGAGGGACAUGUGCAAGUUCACGGCGAACGGCGGCUUCGGCCCGCAGAUGAGCGGCGGCGGCAACGGCGUGUUCCAGGAGACAGGGUGGUACAACUCCGACAAGUACACGGUGGACAUCAUCUUCCACGACCGGGUCAGGCGGUACGAGUGCCUCACCGACGACCCCUCCCUGGCGGCCGCCAUCUACGUGCCGUUCUUCGCCGGCCUGGAGGUGUGGCGCCACCUCUGGGGCUUCAACGUCUCCGCGCGGGACGCCAUGGCGCUGGAGGUGGUGGACAUCAUCACGUCGCGCCCCGAGUGGCGCGCCAUGGGAGGGCGCGACCACUUCUUCACCGCGGGCCUCAUCACGUGGGACUUCCGGAGGCUGGGCGACGGCGAGGGCGACUGGGGCAGCAAGCUGUUCAGCCUGCCGGCCAUCAAGAACAUGACGGCGCUCGUCGUGGAGGCCAGCCCGUGGCACCUCAACGACGUCGCCAUCCCGUUCCCGACGGCCUUCCACCCGGCGAGCGACGAGGCCGUGUUCCUCUGGCAGGACAAGGUGCGCCGCCUCGAUCGGCCAUGGCUCUUCUCCUUCGCCGGCGCAGGGCGGCCGGGGAGCGCCCGGUCGAUCCGGGGCGAGCUCAUCGCGCAGUGCAGGGCGUCGAGCGUCUGCUCCCUCAUGGAGUGCGCCGACGGGCCGAAGAACAAGUGCGGCUCCGCGGCGAGCUACAUGAAGAUCUUCCAGAGCUCCACCUUCUGCCUCCAGCCGCAGGGCGACUCCUACACGCGCAAGUCGGCGUUCGACUCCAUGCUCGCCGGCUGCAUCCCGGUCUUCUUCCACCCCGGCACGGCGUACGUGCAGUACACCUGGCACCUGCCCAAGAACCACGCCGACUACUCCGUCUACAUCUCCGAGCACGACGUCCGCAACAACGCCAGCAUCGAGGAGCGGCUGCGGCGGAUCCCGCCGGCCACCGUGGAGCGGAUGAGGGAGACCGUCAUCUCCCUCAUCCCGACGGUGGUGUACGCCCAGCCGUCGUCGAAGCUGGACACCAUGAAGGACGCGUUCGACGUGACGAUGGACGCCAUCGUCGGCAAGGUGACAAAGCUGCGGCGGGACAUCGUCGAGGGCCGCGGCGAGGAGGAGAAGCUGGAGAUAUACAGCUGGAAGUAUCCAUUGCUGCGAGAAGGGCAGAAGGUCGAGGACCCCCAUGAGUGGGAUCCAUUGUUCGCGUUCGCGUAGCUCACCGCUCGCCAUUAA